GAUGCUGGCUGGGACGUCAAUGAAAGCCCACAUAUCAUGAUCUCAUGCGUCCAUCACGGUUUAGGGGACAACGAGAAUAUCCAACGAGGGGAGAUCCUCGCAAUCGCUGGGGUGAUGAUCUCGCAGAUAUGUAGCGGCAAGUUUAAAAGACAUUACAUGAUACCGGUGCUUUUAUUCUCGUUUAUAGAAGGGAGAAAGGGUAGGAUCCUGCAGGCUCACCUCGAAAGGGGAGGGCUGGUCAUCCGAAAGAGCGAGCUGUACGAUUUCUCGACCGAGGAUGCAGCAAGCCACUCAAGAGAAGUCUUCCUGCAGUACAUGUGUAGCACCAGGGUGGGAGAAACC